AUGACUUUAUUUGACGAGAUGGCCGAGAGACUUGGGGAUGACCAGUGGGACGAGUGGAAAACAAAGGUGCUCGAUGCAAAAGAAGAGAUUGCCUCCUUCGUCGCUAGUCGUUGGCCAGGAGGUGGAGCUGAAGUCCUAGAUUGGUUCCAAGGCUCCUUCAACUUCUGCCUGCAAAUCAUGUACGAUGACGGAACCCCAGAUGUUGUGAUACGAUUUCCAGGCCCUGGACACACGACGUUUCGUGACGAGAAAAUACGCAACGAGGUCCAAGUCGUUCAAUUCCUCCAGGAGAAUACCACGAUACCUGUUCCUCGUCUCAUCAGCUGGGGCUUAACCGAAGAUAGUCCACAACAGCUUGGACCUUUUAUGAUUUCAGAAUUUGUGCAAGGUUCCCACCUUUCUGAUAUCCUAAAAGAUCCUGCUCAUCCAAAGUGCCUCUACUUGGACCCAAACAUCAACAGGCAAAUACUAGAUACCGUGUAUGCUCAGAUCGCUGACAUCAUGCUGCAACUGUAUAGUUUCGACUUCGCUAGCAUUGGGGCCAUUUCAAAAGAGGCUUCUUCAGGCUCUUGGUCCGUAACAGGAAGGCCGCUGACCUACACCAUGAACGAGCUAGCAACUACAGCUUUCUUUCCCGUAGACGAGUUUCCCUCAACGACAUUUGCAUCCACGGCCGAGUACUUCCGCUGUCUUAUGCAUGAGCACAAGACCCACCUCUGGACCCAGCGUAACAUCUGUGGUAGUCCAUCUGAGGCUCGCGAUCGAUACGUCUCCCGUCUUCUGUAUGCAAAGUCAUUGGACAAGCACUCUGUUGAUGACCGCGGCCCAUUUAAACUCUUCUGUGACGACUUCCGACCCCAAAACAUCCUCGUGGACCCGGAAACUCUCCGCAUCAAGGCCGUGCUUGAUCUCGAGUUUACAAACGCCAUGCCUAGUCAGUUCGCAUCCGACCCGCCGUGGUGGUUACUGCUGGUCGGACCCGAUUCAUAUCUGCUACGAGACCAUACCAUUGAAAGCUUCGUGGAGGCUUAUGAGCCUCGCUUGGAGCACUUCUUGCAAGUCAUGGAACGCAGUGAGAAGUCUAGAAAUGGUGCAGAUAAUGCGCAGCGUCUUUCGAGCCUCAUGCGUGAGUCGUGGGCAACAAAGCGUUUCUGGUUCGAUUACGCGGCUCGAAAGCCAUUUGAUGUCGAAGUCUUCUUUGACAAUUGUUUAAGAGAGAGUGGUACAGGUAUUGAGCAAUUGGAUGAAGAUGCGCGUGAAGGCUUAGAGCCCUUCGUUAAGAUGAAGAUGCAGCAGUUGCAGACAUACGAUAGCGAAUGCUCGAAGAUUCUAUAA